UUAAGAAUGUAACUGAAUUGUGCAAAGAAGGCGGAUUCAAUAUGACUAAAUGGACAAGUAACAGUCAAAAUGUUGUGCAAUCCAUACCUGAAAAGGAUUGCGCAAGAAAUAUAGAGGAAUGGAAUUGUGGAGAUGAUAGUCUCACCGACCGUGCACUUGGAGUGUAUUGGUAUAUAAAAGAUGACAAACUUGGAUUUCACAUAAACAUUAAAGAAAAACCGUCAACAAGACGCGGAAUUCUCAGCAUAGUCAGCUCAAUCUAUGACCCUAUUGGUAUCGUUUCUCCGUUUGUAUUGACAGCCAAAUCUAUACUACAAGGAUUGUGUAAGAAAGAAAUUGGAUGGGAUGAAGAAAUUCCCAACAGCGAACUUUCGUCAUGGAACAAAUGGCUCAGUCAGCUUAAGGGAUUGGAAAACAUUAAAAUAGAUAGAUGCUACAAGCCUCAACACUUCAAGUCUAUUGUUUCAUGCCAACUACAUUGUUUUGCAGACGCAAGUGACAAAGGUUAUGGUUGUGUAUUUUACAUACGGUUAGUCGAUGAAGAAGGUAGUAUACAGUGUUCCUUUUUGUUAGGAAAAUCGAGAGUAGCACCGCUUAAAUCGAUGACUAUUCCGAGGAUGGAACUGACAGCUGCUACUAGUGCCGUUAGGCUUGGAAACAUGAUUAUAAGAGAGAUAGAAUACUCAUUUGAUGACAUUUAUUACUAUUCAGACAGUAUGUCAGUACUUCGAUAUAUAGCAAACUCAAAGACACGUUUUCACACUUUUGUAGCCAAUCGUUUGGCUGUUAUUCAUGAAUCAACUAAAGUUAAUCAAUGGCACUACGUAGGCACAAAAGAGAACCCGGCUGAUUUAGCUUCGAGGGGAGCGACUAUUGAACAAUUUAACAGAAAUCCACAAUGGCUUCGUGGGCCAGAUUUCUUAUGGGAUAAAGACAUUAAAUUCCCACAGUGUACCGAGGACACUAGUUUUAUCGGCAAUGAUCCAGAAGUUAAGAAACCAGUGGCUGUUUGCACUGUAGAAUCAUUUGAAGGAAUGGAACGUCUUAUUUCUUACUUUUCGAAUUGGGAACGCUUAGUCACCAUAGCUGCACGGUUCGUACUUGCAGCCAAUCACUUUAGAAGUGUUAAAGACAGUAUUGAAAUCGAUGGAAACGGAAAAACGACUAUGAAGAUGUCUGAUACGCUUACGACAAGUAUAGUUGAGUGUGCAGAGAGGUCCUUGAUUAGUUAUGUGCAACAUAAACACUUUAAUGAUGAUAUACAGACUCUUGAAAAGAAAUGUCCUCUCAAAAUUUCUUCUAAACUGAGCAAUCUGGAUCCAUUUGUCGACAAAGAUGGAUUGCUUAGAGUUGGAGGACGAUUGGAGCGAUCGGAUAUUUCGUACGAAUCAAAACACCCUAUCGUCUUGCCUAAGGACUCACCGAUAUCAAGACUUAUUAUUGAGAACAUUCAUCGUUCAAUUGGACAUUUAGGAAAGAAUUCAAUCUUAGCCGUUCUUAGACAAAAAUAUUGGAUUUUAGGAGCCAAUUCUAUUAUUAAAGGCUUAGUGUCUAGAUGCGUCAGAUGUAAGAAAUAUCAAGGAACAUGCGCAAAACAGAAAAUGGCAAAUCUUCCGAAAGAAAGACUUCAGGCUGAUGAUCCGCCUUUCACAAGAAUUGGAAUAGAUUUCUUUGGACCCUUUGAGGUAAAGCAAGGAAGGAGUGUAGUUAAAAGAUAUGGUGUGAUUUUCACAUGCCUGACUAUUAGGGCAAUACACCUCGAAUUGGCAUAUUCAUUAGACACUGACUCUUGCAUAAAUGCUAUAAGGAGAUUUAUUUCGAGAAGAGGAGUGCCAGUCUUUAUAAGGACAGACAAUGGAACAAACUUUGUUGGUUCAGAAAGGGAACUAGGAGAAGAAAUAAAAAGAUGGAACUUAAAUCCAAUACAGGAAUUCAUGAUUCAGAAACGCAUUCAGUGGGAAUUUAAUCCGCCGUCUGCAUCACACUUUGGAGGAGUAUGGGAACGCCUUAUUAGAUCAGUGCGUAAGGUAUUCUAUUCAGUCAUGCACGAACAGAACAUUCGACUAACUGAUGAAGGACUUAUGACUCUAUUCUGUGAAGUAGAAAGUAUUCUUAAUGGACGUCCGAUCACAGAAGCGUCAGAUAGUAUCACAGACUUAAAUGUAUUGACUCCGAAUCACUUGAUACUUCAACGUGCGGGUGAAAGCUUUCCACCUGGUGUGUUCUCUAAGACAGACAGCUACGUCAGAAGGCGAUGGAGACAAAUCCAGUAUCUCGCUGAUUUAUUUUGGACUAGAUGGCGAAAGGAAUACUUACCUCUAUUGCAGCGCAGAACAAAAUGGACAAAACCGACAAGAAAUAUGCAAGUAGGAGACAUAGUUCUCAUUUCCGACAAUGCACCGAGAAAUUCGUGGAACAUGGCUCGUGUGAUUGAACUAAUCAAAGACAAGGACAAUAUUGUUAGAAUUGUCAAAGUGAAAACCGCAAAUUCUGUGUUAACGAGACCAAUUGCGAAACUGUGUCUUCUUGUAGAAAGUGACUAAAAACCCACAGCUGCCACCAAACUCGUGUUGAUAUGAUAAACAUUUAUUGAACAUUAUGAUAUAAUUGUCCUUUUGAUUUAUUUUUGAUAAUUGCGUUCUAGUUAAGAACCCAAUUUAGGGGCUGGUAUGUAAAGGCCAAUUUCUUGUUUUGAAUCGAACAAAUUUCGUUUUGCAAAUUUAUUGUUUUUGAUGAAACUAACCUAGGUACUUUGGUUACUUUCCCCAUCAUAUUUUUCCCUGAAAAUUGAGAAACGUGUCACGACAAUUUUGAACCCUUUAAUUUUGAAUUAUAUAGAAAUAUCAGAGUCAACAAAUAAGUCAAUCUCAUCUUACUGUUUAUACUUUGGAUCCAGUCACUUCACUGUAACUUGGAAUAUUUUGGAAUAAACUUGAGGUGUGAAUUGUGUUAUAUUCAUUUACGACUGAUAUUAGUGG